AUGCAAGUCACCUUCGCCCUGCCAAAUUUGACGGGACGAGCAAAGACUUGGGCCUUAGGGCUCGGGCUUCACGACCUAAUCGGGUUUAAGUCGUUGGAGAUCUUUGAGUCUCGGCUUAAAAAGACGUUUGAGACGCCGAGAGCCGAGUUUAGAGCACGAUCUGCACUAUUGAAGCUAAAGCAAGGUAAGCGUGACGUGCAAGCUUACGCUCAGAACCUGCGCUACCUUGCAAGUAGCGUUACGGAGAACCAUGUUGACGAGAACACGCUCAUCAACGUAUUCAUUUACAGCCUUGUGGACGGGCCGGUAAAGACCUACAUGUUCCGAGAGGACUUCCAUACGCUGGAAAAGGCGAUAGCGUAUGCGAAACAGGAAGACCUCAGCCUGAGACAGUCUCAGUCUAACUCGUCAAACUAUUUACUGACGAGACGACAGGAGACAGGAGGUCCUGAACCAGUGGACCUCUGUUACAUCGAGAGCGACAACUCUCGCUCUCUGAGUCACCAGCGAACGGCAAGAUGA